GUUCAGACCAGAGGACGAUGUGGAGUAAAGGAAAAUUGCAUGUUCUUGCUUCAAAAAAUAUACGUUCUUGUGCUUUACGGACUUUAUGUCGCACUAAGACCACUGAAGCCUUUCAAUCUGGUGUUUUAAAGCGAUGUAUCUCAAGUCCAACUGCUUCUUCUAACAAAGAAAGGCAAACGACUCUUCGUCUAUGGAGCGAUAGUGGCGGAUACGACGCAGUUUCAAAUCCUUUCGAUGAUCUUGGAGCUUGGCAUGAAGCAGAAGCGAAAUCUUUUCUUCACAACGUGUCUGUUGAGUCUGUGGGUUCCAGUUCGAACUUGGGCAAAAAACUAGUGAACGAAGACCGUUAUAAACUGCUUGAACUCGAUCCAGACUUGUACUAUUUUGCCGUGUUCGACGGCCAUGGCGGGUCUGAGGCCGUGGACUUUGUUCACAAUAGAUUGCAUAAGAUUAUCAAACGUUUGCAUAAAAAUAAUAAAGACUUAGAAGAGAUCUUGGCUGCUGCCUUUGAGGAAUGUAACCAUGAACUUGAAAAGCAUAUAAGAUUCCUUAUAAGUGAAAAAGGACAUCAUCCAUCAAUAGCAGGAGGUGGAACAACAGCUACUGUUACUUUGUUAAGAGAUGGAUUAGAGCUUGCUGUUGCAAGUGUUGGAGAUAGUAGAGCAUUACUCUGUCGUAAUGGAAACACUAUCUGCCUGACUAAUGACCAUCAUCCUAUAAGGGCAGAUGAACAUGAACGUAUAGUCUCCCACAAUGGAUGGGUUGAUUGGGAGUCAAACCACAUCCCAAGAGUGAAUGGUAGACUUGCAAUGACCAGAUCUUUGGGAGAUUUUGAUGUAAAGCCCUUUGGUGUCAUAGCAACACCAGAAACAACAGUACUAAAGAUUGACCAUAAAAGUGAUGCCUUUCUGGAACUUCACACAGAUGGUGUAUCCCAUGUGAUGUCUAGUAAUGAGCUUGGGUUCUUAGUACGGAUGUGUUCAGAUCCUGAACAAGCUGCAAAUACCUUGACAUCAUGUGCACUGCAGUAUGGAACUGAAGACAAUGUCACAGCAAUCGUUGUUCCUCUUGGAGCUUGGGGAAAGUAUUGUUCACAUAAUUUUAUGAGGAAUAACAUAAUGAGAAUUAAUUGUAUAUAGUUUUGAAAGAUAGAAAAUAGAAUUUUUGGUGUUCAAUGGCAAUGAAAAAUGUUGUUUUUGGUAUAUAAAAUAUUGUCUGUUAGAUCUAGAACAGACUGAAAUGUCAGAACAGACUGAAAAGGUCCUUCAAAGUUAAAAUAUUCCAGAAGAAAGUAUUUUUCUAGAGAUUUCCAAUGUCUUUGAAUAUAUUUAUAAAUAAACAUCAAUAACUCUAGAUUUGUAAAACAAUUGCAAGGUACAGUAAUUCAUAUUUCCUUGUACUUUGCAUGGUUCAGCACCAAUAAGAUUGUAUUAAGAGUGGUUUUCUCAGUAUUAAGAGUAAAUUUCAUUCAGUGUGAUGCAUAAAAAUAUGACCACAUUUAAUGUAUUUGCAUUCUUUCAUGCAUAGGCUUUUUGCUGCCAAACAACUUUUAAAUACUUUAUUUGGUAAAGCCUGCCAGCUUUCCAUUGAAUUUUUUUGGUAAAACAUACAACAGCCUGUUUAUAAAAGUAUGCUAAUAAACUGUUCAUUAUUGAUGGGUUGCAAGCAUUCACCAAAAAAGAGAGUUAAGAGACAAAAACAUGGCAGCCAUUGUGGUACCAUUAACAAUGGAUGCUAAUGAGAAAUCUUUUGUCAAAUAGUACCAACAUGGCUGUGAUGAUGUAUCGUGGAAACGAAGAAUUGCUGGUCAUACUUUUGCAUGUUGCACUGUAAUCUGUGAAACAAUCUAAUAUUCAAUGAUUUGGAUAGUCAAAUAUAACAAAGGAAAAUAAUUUAAUAAUAUUGAUGUUCGUAAAUAUAAUUUGUAGACUAAAAUUGUUUUAUUUAUUAACAGGAUAAUUAAAAUAACUUUAUCUGAGGCCAUCAGUAUAUUAAAAAACAUACCUUUUUCUGUCACUGGACUUUAUCAUUAACAGAGGGCUCGAUAGGCCAUAUUGUGGGGGAAAAUAAUUGGCUUUCACCUACAUCAUUGAAAAAAUUUCCAGACUUAAGUACAAUAAAAUCUUCACAGACCAAAAGGGCAACUUAAUCUAUAUAUCUUAACCAAAGUUGUAGCUAAAAUAAGGUUUAGGUAUGGAAAUACGAACAAUUAAUUAUACUUUUAAUUAGUUGAAAUGUGUGUGUGUCUACCAUCUUGAUGUCCUAUUUCCUAUUGAAGGGCAGGCAUAAAGAUGGCAGCCAAAUCAUGGAAGUUGAAAAUCAUGUUUCUAUUGCACCCACUUCAAUAUUUUACAUGCAAUAAUAUUCAUCGAAAUAAAGUUAACAAUCCUCUAUUAAGAUAAAAACGUAUUAUUUCAAUCAAA